CCCGCCUCCUAUUUUAAAGGCGGAAGGAAAUUUCCAUUGAAGCAUUCAUUCAAAGUUGUUCGGCGUGGAAAGUUCUCGCACGCUGAUAUAAAUUGAAAUACUUGAACACCGAAGAAACAUUACUGCUCCUUUCUGAGGUCUCCGCAUUGUCUCUUUUGUUGCUCAAGAACAGACACUAAAAUUAUCUCUUUUAUCACAUCUAAGAAGUUUCACAAUGUCUCAACAGCAGAUCAGCCUUCCUGCCAAGCUCAUCAAUGGGGGCAUUGCAGGCAUCGUUGGGGUCACUUGUGUGUUCCCUAUCGAUCUGGCCAAGACCAGACUCCAGAACCAAAGACAAGGCCAGCAAGUCUACAAAAGCAUGAUUGAUUGUCUUGUCAAAACUGUACGAUCUGAAGGCUGCUUUGGCAUGUACAGAGGUGCUGCGGUUAAUCUCACAUUGGUCACUCCUGAGAAGGCCAUCAAACUGGCUGCCAAUGACUUUUUCAGAUACCACCUUUCCAAAGACGGGAGAGGGUUGAAUGUGUUUAAAGAGAUGUUGGCUGGUUGCAGCGCUGGUAUGUGCCAAGUUAUCGUCACCACUCCAAUGGAGAUGCUGAAAAUUCAGCUGCAGGAUGCUGGGAGACUGGCUGCAAUGCAGAGAAAACCAGGCAUCAUCCCUUCCACGAGACUGGCAACCACAAACGCGGUGUUGAGUCGGUCCUAUAACGUGGUACCCCAAGCUGUUUCUGCCACACAGAUCGCAAGACAGUUACUGCAUACUGAAGGAAUUCAAGGCCUAUACAAAGGCCUUGGAGCAACUCUGUUGAGAGAUGUACCGUUCUCGAUUGUGUACUUCCCGCUUUUUGCUCACUUGAACAAAUUGGGUAAACCCUCCCCUGACGAAACGGCGCCAUUUUAUUGGUCGUUCAUUUCUGGCUGUGCCGCAGGUUCCACAGCUGCUGUGGCCGUAAACCCAUGUGAUGUGGUUAAAACCAGACUACAGUCUUUGAACAAAGGCGCCAAUGAGGAUACGUACACCGGCGUAGUCGACUGUUUCCGGAAAAUCUUGAAGCGAGAGGGACCAUCUGCUUUUCUGAAGGGGGCGGGCUGCAGGGCUCUAGUCAUGGCGCCGCUGUUCGGCAUCGUGCAGGUCAUGUACUUCGUCGGCGUGGGAGAGUAUAUCAUGAGCCAGUCGCCCCUGAAGCUAAUCUCUGACUGAACACAUUUCUAGAGUCACUGUGACUUUGGCAGCUACACAACUGUACAUUUAUAAAGAAGAGAAACUUUAAUCAAGAUUGUGAAGUUAUGAAAGAGCAGCUUCACAAGGGUUAAGUUCCUAUAGGUUUUUCCAGCCUUACCGCACUUCCUCUACUGGCUCGGUUUACUGUUUGGUAUGCUUUGGCCAGAAUUUGCACAUGUCGGUAAGGUCACUUUCGAAGAAGAGCGCUUAAGUUUUCUGAAAGUUUCCCAUUAGGAGUGCUGAUGUUGCUACGAUGACACUACAAUCAACUCUGAUCAGUUUUUCCAUUGGCUUUGUUUUUGUUUAUUUCCAUGUUUCCUACCUGUUAUUUCACUGUCAUGAUGUUAUGACUUUCAGUAUCGGCUUCUGGGUGCUUGGAAAGCUUUAAGCAUUUAUACUUGUUUAUAUGUGUAAUAGUAGUUUUGGCAGAUGGCAUUAAGGUUAUGGACUUACAUCAAAAUGCACCUGCCCUCUGUUCAUUUCAAUUCUUGAGUUUAUCACCAUAAGCCUUGAUACCUUUCUAUAAGACUAAAUUAAAUGCAUAUCAUAUUUAUGCAACAUGUAUAUAUUUGCAAUUGUUACGUUGCAUUUAUUUGUAUUGUUUGUUGAUAUGUUACAAGCACGAGUCAUUUUGAGCUGUUUGCCUUAAAUGGACAUGGUAUACUUGACUCUUUGUAGGGUAACAGGGACUCAAACACAGAUGUUUUAGUGCUCAACUAUACAGUAUUGACCUUACAAAUCUACCCAUAAUGUGACACUUCAACGCAACAUAUAGUUUUCAUGAAAUACUGUGAUGCAUUGCAUUAAUAAAACUCAUGUAAACAAUU